UGUGCGACUGCGCAGAGGUCGUUCGUCACACUUUCGCUUAACACAGUAAUGUCGUCAACUAGUUAGCUAGCUGGGUACGAAUUAAAUAAUUUUACUCUAAUAAUGUCGGUCUAUCACGACGAAGUUGAGAUCGAGGACUUUGAAUAUGACGAGGAUGAAGAGACAUACUAUUUUCCGUGCCCAUGUGGCGACAGAUUUGCCAUAACCAAAGAGGAAUUUAUGUCUGGGGAGAUAAUCGAAGCACCAACUACAGAGAGCAGAUUGGAACUGGCUCAGUCGUCCUGACAGAGAUGACACACCUCUUCAGUUUCUCAUCUCCCAUCAGUAAAAGUGGACCCUGUUGCAUUUGUAUGUGCUUCCACACAACACAAAGACACAUUAUGAACGAUAUGCUUCACUGGUGAGGUCUGGGAUGGAGAAUUCUCAGAAUUCAUUCACAUGUUCCUGGCAUUGAUUUUGCAGAGUUACAUAAAGGACCCAAACUACUACCAUUUGCACAACGUAUUUAAAUAAAUCCUUUAUUCUUUUAAGUCUUUCACUCCCUUUUUUAUAAACAUGUUAUGCAUUUUUGUUGAUUACUCAAGAUUAAAUCUGGAUGAAGUGAA